AAGUUUGACAGUAGUUACCGUGCUUCAAACAACGUUGCGUGCUUUUUGUUUAUAUGGUGCUGUUGGAUAACGAAAUUUCCUUUUUCGUGGUGAAAUUCCUGAAAAUUUGAUAAAAUGUCGCGCUCGCGGUCCACCUUUUUAGAUGCGGAUUCAUCGUUGAUAGAAAGAAACCUUCGGUUUGUUCGGGAUGAAUCGGAGGAACAGUUCAACAACAUGUUUGGGCCGAUUGUGGAACAAGCUCAGGAUAUUAGUAGCGGACGGUCAAGAGUCGUGAAGCCACUGCCAGGAUUCUGCAUUAAAGCUUUUCGAAAAGACACGCGGGGCAAAUUUUUCAUCAAUGUUUGCCACACUGACGGAAUACCGGCACCGGAAGACAUUACCGAGGAUAAAUUGAUGGACAUUUUAAACGAUGGCACUCCAAGUUCCUUCAAGAUACCGAUGAGUAUUACCCAGCCACGCUUCACGAAAGACCAAUCAGACAAACAGUGCCAGGUGUGCGACAUCGCUGUGAAUUCGACCUUUUUCCAGAAAAUCAAAUCCGGUGGACUGUUUCGUGAUUUCCUCAUCACAAUAGUGCUUGAGGGAAUCGAUUCAAAGUACAACAUCGCUCUCGACGAAAGCGAUUGGCGUUUGUUGAAGAACAAAAGUUGCGUCGAUAAACUGAUUGCCCACAAUAUCCAAAACCGCGAUGUGAAAACGGUGCUUGAAAGCUACAAGCAACCGACGGACAAAGAUUUGAAGAAAUUGAAAGAGUUGGAAACACCUUCACUUCUGAGCGAUAAUAUUCCGAAGAGAAAACUGAUCGAAGAGAUCGAUCCAGGCACGAUCAAAACGAUGAAGGACGUCAGGAACAAACUGUCCGGCAAGGAUGAGUACGUCCCGGAUCCGACCAAGCUUGCAAUCUCGCAGGCGGGAUUCAAGAAGCCGGACUGUCGCUUGUUCCGUGAACCUGCGAGCGGUAAAGUUAAGAAGCUGAUAGGCGAGUUCUACCUGCCAGAAUGCACGUCGGCCAAGGAAAUCACGUUGGAUGUUGGCGAAGAUAGGAUACUUUUGGAAGCGAGAAAGAAAGGUUAUCUGUUGGAUGCUUUUGUGGACUAUCAGCUUGAUAGGACUCAAGUGAAUGCUCAAUUCAACAUCCAUACAAAGAUGCUGAAUGUAAUUAUGCCAGUUGCUAACUAAGGUGCAUUGAAUUAGCCGUGCUUGAAGUAGUGUAACAGUCAACAUCUUAUACCAGAUUAAAACAAUGAGGUGAGUAGUAAGCAGUAA